AUGGAUGCAAAUUUGUUCAAACUAUUUGUCUUCCUUAUGAUUAUAAAAGAUAGCUUACAAGGUUACCACGAGAAAAGGUUAUUAAAUAAUUUGUUGAAUAAUUAUAAUUUGCUCGAACGACCGGUAGCUUACGAAUCAGAUCCGUUAGAAGUAAGAUUUGGAUUAACGUUACAGCAAAUAAUCGAUGUGGACGAGAAGAAUCAACUACUUAUUACUAAUAUUUGGCUCUCUUUGGAAUGGUAUGAUUACAAUUUAAAGUGGAACGAUUCAGAAUAUGGAGGCGUUAAAGAUUUACGGAUAACACCAUCUAAGCUAUGGAAGCCAGAUGUUCUUAUGUAUAAUAGGUCAGUUAUUAAAUAAAGAAACUCUAUUGUG